GCUUUGAAAGAAAACGCUAAACCUCAUCUUUCAAAGCACCAAAUAAAGCAGGGGAAGCCAUCACAAAUUAAAGAUGGACAGGAAAGCCUCUUCCAUCAUCUUCCUCGCUUUCUGUUUGGUUGCAUCGGCCUCGGCCUUCGACAUCCUGAAGCUCCUCCAGAAGGACUCCGAGCUAAGCGAGUUCAGCAAGCUCCUUAAGGAAACCAAACUCGCCGAUGAAAUCAACAAACGCAAAUCCAUCACAGUCCUCGCAGUUGGCAAUGGUGGUGUCUCCGCCCUCUCCAAUGUGUCCCCCGAUGAGGUCAAGAUGCUCUUGAGCGCCCACGUGGUGCUCGACUACUUCGAUGAGCAGAAGCUAAAAGGAACGGUCAAAAAAGAGCCCAUAACCGUGACCACAAUGCUCCAAGCCACAGGCAAGGCUCAGAACCAACAGGGAUUCAUUAAACUCGGCCUCGUCAAAGGAGAGAUCGCUUUUGGGUCAGCAGUCAAGGGUGCUAACCUGGAUUCCAAGCUUAUUAAGUCUGUCACUUCUCAGCCUUCUGACAUCUCUGUGCUUAAAGUCAGUUCUCUUAUUGAGAUUCCUGACCUUGGUUCUGCAAGCGCCCCCAAGAAGGCUCCAUCACCAUCUGAAGAUGAUGACACUGCUGCUCCGGCACCAUCUGAAGAUGAUGACACUGCUGCUCCGGCACCAUCUGAAGAUGACGAAACAGACUUCUCAUCGCCACCAGAGCCCGAAGACUCACCAACAGAAGCACCAGAGAAUGCACCAGAGAAAUCACCAGAGAAAGCACCAGAGAAAGAGAAACCAUCUGCUACUGCUCCUGCUCCCUCGGCUGCUUCGCGUGUCGAGAUGGCUCUUGGUGCCGGGCUCGUAAUGGGUUUGGCUUCACUUUUGGCUUAAAUUGAGGUCCUCCCCGUAAAUUGAGAAGAAAACGGGAAGAGAACGUACCUUGUUUUCAUGCAAGAAUUAUGUUUUAGAAGGCAAAUGCAACUUUUCUCAAGACAUAGAAAUGGAAGAAGGCGUUUAAUUCAUUAA